ACUAUGAAGGCAAUGCCCAACAUGACGGUGCCAGCAGGCAGUAUGAUGACUUUGACGAUAGCGCCUAGCUUGUCAGUGACGCCUACUUGUACUGUGACUAUGACUGUGACACCACUCUUGAAUGUGAAGCCCAGCGAUACGGCGACCAUAAUUGCAAUGCCAGACAGCACGGUGACUGUGACGGUGACACCAAGCAGUACGGCGACUGUGACAGUGACUUCCGCCCUGAUUGCGACGCCCAUCAGUACGUUGACUAUGAUGAUGACACCCAGCAGUACGUUGACUAUGACGGUGACACCCAGCUUGACAGCGACGUCCAUCAGUAGGGUGACUAUGGCGGUGACGCCCAACAUGACGCUGCCCAACAUGACGCUGCCCAACAUGACGCUGCCCAACAUGACGCUGCCCAACAUGACGCUGCCCAACAUGACGCUGCCCAACAUGACGCUGCCCAACAUGACGCUGCCCAACAUGACGCUGCCCAACAUGACGCUGCCCAACGUG